AUGGCAAAACCUCUUCAAAAAGAGAGGGAAAACCGCUCCGCAGAGAAGAAGGAUUUAUCAUUUCAUCCAUACACGAUAACACCCGAAAGCGCUCACACUUCUAUACUUCUUCUGGAGUCGAAAGAGCCUGAAAUACUUUGCCAGACUUUGAGGGCAAUCACAAAAUUCUCAGCCCAAGACAUAAUCAACCGUAAUGUGCUUUUCGAUCUGAAUGCUAUACACUAUAUUCUGCCUCACGUUGAUCACCCUGAACUGAAUAUUCGAAGGUUCGCUUUAAAGGCAUUGGCCCAGCUUUGCCAACUUCCUAAGGGACCGGAGCAAGUGUUGGAGAACUCUCAGAACUUAAGGAAAAUUGCUCAAAUGCUGGUUAAGAUGGAAGACGUUUUUGUUUUGGAGUUCGCGUCAUUAGUUUUAUCAGAAUUGACUAAAGAGCCCUUGGGAUGUGAACAAUUGGUCUCUGCUAAUAUUCUUAGCAGUCUUUUCUCGAGAAUGAAGAAUAGUUUAGAUCCAGAUGUGCAGAAAAAUUGCUUACAGACAUUGAGCAAUCUCCUUGAUGAUCCAGUAUGUGCGUCAGAAGUGACGAAAAACCAGCAGUUCAGUUGGCCUUCCCUCUUAGCUUUGAUGCAGAGCAAGUACCUUGCUAUACAACACGCUGCUUUGAGAAGUGUGGAUCAGUUGAUCUGCAGAUAUAAAGAUCAGGUUGUGCAGAGGACAUUCAGAGCUUCCACUGGUGUGUUAGACCUUUGUGACAUAUUGGAGUCCUAUGAGUUCCGUGAUGUUCAUACCCAAGUUCUCGGGGUGUUACGAAACUAUGUGGAAACCGAGGAUAACGCAUAUCAUUUGUACCAAUCUGGAUGCAUCCUACGUCUACUUGCCUACCUGGAGAUGGCGUUGCCGGCGAUGAAACCGCACUGCCUUGCUGUUCUCACAAAAAUGUCUUUCACCUCCAAUGGACGAGAUGCGUUGUACCAAACAGGCACUGACCUAGUGUUCUGCCAUCAACUCCUGAGUUCUAAUGUGGAGUUGUUAGCAGACGCCGCUAUGGGUGUCGCGAACAUGACAAAGCUGCUGCCAUCCGCCGUCAGGAUGUGUGAUACUAACAUUAUUGAAGCAUUAUGUGUUAAAGAUACGCCGAUAGAAGCGCAACGUUUAGCUGUACAAUGCUACAUCAAUCUGCAAAACUACCAUGUCAGCACGAAAGCAAUGCUGAAUGCCGAGUUCAUGCAGGAAUUGUUAAAUAUUCUCCAGCGGAUUGACAUAGCACUGAAGAUUAUGGUGUGUACCGUUUUAAGUGGACUUAUGGCUGAGGAUAUAGCAAAGGAGUUGUUCACUGUACGCAAUGGAGAAGAGGUGGUUUCGAGCAACUUACAUAUAGAACAUAUAGGUUUACGGACAGCUUUGUGCACUCUGAUCACUUGCAGCGUCACUGAUGAAGGUGCUGAUGUGUAUUUGGAGUUGGGCACUAUACAUUAUAUGGUUGGAAAUAAACUGGCUAGGUAUGUGGUCGGAGCUUGGGAACCAGCUCUGGAGGCCAUAUUCAAUCAUCACCCCUCUGCUAAGCUUGCAUAUACAGGACGAUUGGAUAUCAACGACUUUGCAAAGGAAGGAUUCUAUGUCCAGAAGCGAUUGGAUAGCUCCUUCCCUACGCUUCGAGUGGCGAUGGAAAAGAAACCACCACAUAAGGAUCCAGUCUUCGUGUGCAUGUUCUAUCAGCCGCCUACUGACAGAGCUUCAAGCAUGGACAUUAGAGCACCAUUUCGAGAGUCUGAAUCUAAGUUGAAGAUGACCUCAUCCGCGCGCUUGCGAGCUGCACCUCUGCCUGACGACCACAAUUUACGCUCAUACCUCACACGACUCAAGAUAUGGUUCGGAGAUCCAGCAAAAUCCCUGCAUUAUCUGGAGAUAGAAGAUGCGCAUUACGAAGUAAGGUACCGAGAGAAGUGCGACGAGGUCUCCUCGUCUCUGAAACAGAGAGCAGCGUUGUUGGCAGAAUUUGUGGCCGAGCAGAUGUGCGGUUUGUCGCAGGAAAGAGAUUGCUCGGUGGCAAGCGUGGACUUACACUUGGCUGAUUUGAUGGUGGGUUGCAGAGGGGGCCAGUAUUAUGUACAUUGUACAGCAAUGCAUAAAUUGCUUCGUUGGGUCAGGUGCGGCGGUUCACUGGAGCGCAGUAUCCUGUACAAGGUGCUGGCGGACCGGCUGGGGCUGCCCUGCGCGCUCUACCGCGCCGGCAGCCGCGCCUGGUGCGAGGUGGCCGUGCCUGAGCUACGACUGGAUGAGGAGUUGGAACGAGAAGAGAAGUAUCCGGCGGGACUGUUACGCGCCAACUAUGUGGUGGACCUGAUGAUGCGUCCAGGCAUGUUGUACGUGAAGGACAGUCACGAGGCAGCGCGAGUAUGCGGACCCACGUGUAUGCCGCCAUACACAGCCAGAGAAUUGCCCGAAGUGUGCCGUUGUGAAUGACAUAAGUCGUUUUAUUUAGACAACUUUACCAAGUGAAAAUGGAGAGUAGGUAUAAUAUGUAUACUUGCGAUUGAUUUGAAGAUAUUUGAAUAUAAAUAGACGAUU